AUUUAUUUUUCUAGUUCCAGGACCUCCCCGCGCCUUCUGUGCGUGGCGACGCCGCAGAAGAACGCGGGCGGGGGCGCRGAGGAGGAGCAGAGCCCCGCUGCGAGCGAGCAGAAGGCCGAGCCGAGCGCGGCCGAGAGGCUGCUGGCCGAGGAGAAGGCGAAGCUGGAGGAGCAGCUGAGGGAGGUCCAUGACAAGUAUAAACGAGCCUUGGCAGAUGCAGAAAACGUGAGGCAAAGAAGCCAGAAGCUGGUGGAAGAGGCAAAGCUGUAUGGAAUUCAGAGCUUCUGCAAGGACUUACUAGAAGUUGCUGACAUCUUGGAGAAAGCCACAGAGAGCGUCCCGAAAGAAGAAAUUAAGGAUGAGAACCCUCAUCUGAAGAGCUUAUACGAAGGGCUUGUCAUGACAGAAGUACAGAUUCAGAAAGUGUUCAAAAAACACGGGCUGCUCAGACUGGACCCUGUCGGCGCCAAGUUCGAUCCGUACGAGCACGAGGCCCUGUUCCACGCGCCCGUGGAGGGCAAGGAGCCCGGCACCGUGGCGCUCGUCUCCAAGAUGGGCUACAAGCUGCACGGGCGCACGCUGCGGCCCGCGCUCGUCGGUGUCGUCAAGGGCGCCUAGCGGCCCCGCCGGCCCGCGGCUCCUCCUGCGUCUGCCUUCCCUCCCUCCUCCGCACCCGGAGAGGGCUCCGUGAACCACCGGGGAGCUGCCCACGGAUAAUGGAGCAAGGAUGGAACCUGCUGCCUCGGGGCCUCCGACAGCACCGUGUCCCAUGAGCGCUAGUCCCACAUGCGGGGGUGAAAGCCCUCAGGCCCUCUGAUGCUUCGGGUAACAGUCAACAGUCAGUGCUGCUGCACGUGCAUUAAAUUGGAGGAAAAAACACCCAUGAGAGUUUUUACGUUUUGUGUUUCUCACUGUUUUUGGAGGGAAAAUCCAAGCAGUUGUUCAAACACUUCCUUUUGUUUUGUGGGGUCUGAUGUUGCAGAGAAGUGGGUGCAAAUAACSGUGUCUCUGCACGUGCCCAGCAGCCUCCCAGUGCUCAUGUGAUCCGUGGCUUUUGUCAGGGACGGUCUCCUCCGAAGCAGAGCCUCUCCCARCACGGAACCUGCCACCUGUGAAUUCUGACCUGUACCAAAGGGGCAGCGGAGAGCAGGCAUCUCUUGUAAUUGUUUGGUCCUUUUUGUUCUAUAUUAAAGCUGUCUCUCACAAACCAUCUAAUACUUGUAUGGCAUUGGAGAACCUACACAAUUUAUCCUCUCUCUGGAUUUUUAAUUAAAGAUU